AUGGACGACUAUUUAUACCUGGCCCUGAAGACGUUCCGCGUCUCGGCCAUCAAAACAAAAAGCUCGGCGGCGAUCCCCGAAUCGAAGAAAACGGCAUGGGAGCGUCUCAAGGACGAUAUGUUCGUCACGCUGGAUCCCGUCGUUCUUCUCAAGGCCGAGCUCGACCCUGCGGGCAAAUUGCUGGCGGUGCACGAGGCGGUGAAGGGCAGCGAAGAGCUGGGUGGCACCAACACGAACAUGUCAUUACAAAGAGCUCCGUUCCACGGCGCCGUCACCAUCAAGGGCUCCUCCAACAAUGUCCCCUUCUUCCCCGGCGGCUUCGACGAGGAGCUGUCCCGGAUUCUGGAGAUGUCGCACGACGUCACGCUCCAAAACGACGAGGAGCGCUACCUCGAUUUCAACGAAUUGCUGAAGCGCCCUCCUGGCUUCCAGUACGACGUCGAGUUGGCCGUCGCUCAGCCACAGCAGCCGCAAGCCGAUCAGAUUACCGUGGAGCAACCGGAAGUUGUUGAGUACCCCUUCCCGCUGGACCCAUUCCAACAGGCGGCCAUUUGCGGGAUGGAGCGCGGGGAGAGCGUCUUUGUCGCCGCCCACACCUCAGCAGGCAAGACGGUGGUGGCCGAGUACGCCAUCUCUCUGUGCAAGGCGCACAAAACACGUGCCAUCUACACAUCACCCAUCAAGGCACUCUCCAAUCAGAAAUUUCGUGAUUUCAAGAUGAUCUUCGAAGAGGUGGGCCUGGUGACGGGCGACAUUCAGCUGCACCCCGAAGCCUUUUGCCUCAUCAUGACCACCGAGAUUUUGAGAUCGAUGCUGUACAAUGGAUCGGAGGUGAUUCGAGAGCUCGAAUGGGUCGUCUUCGAUGAGGUGCAAUAUAUCAAUGAUGUCGAGAGGGGCCACGUCUGGGAGGAGGUGCUGAUCAUGUUGCCGGCACACGUGAAGAUUGUCAUGCUGUCCGCCACCGUGCCCAAUGCCGAUGAAUUUGCCGAUUGGGUCGGGCGAAUCAAGAAUCGUCGAAUUGAGGUGGUGUCGACGAAUGAGAGGCAUGUGCCAUUGGAACAUCAUCUCUACACUGGACAGACUCCCGCCGCGCAGCCAGUCGAGCUGAGCACGAGGGAUCUGUUCGACUUCCUCGGCGGAUCCAUCGGAUUCGAGCUGACCGAGCAGGCUGUUGUCAAAAAGACGGACGAGGCGAAGAAACGGAAGAAGCCGGCUGACAAGCUCGAAUCACCACUCGCUCAACCGGCCGACCAGCCAGUUGAUGGCGCCGAGAAUUUGGAGGUGGUGCUGAAACGGCCCCUCCACGAGCCGUCCUUCUACUCGCCCCCGAAAUAUGCAUACGCAAAACGGAUCGACACCCAGACGGACAUUCCCGAAUAUAAGGACAAGGUGGCGGUCACGCUCACACCCAACGCCUUGGCCACGCCCACCAAAUCUGGACAGCAGACACAAACCCUGCAGCCACCGGUGGUCCACGGCACGACAUCGCUGGCGCUUCUGGAUGAAGCCGACGAUGAGCAUCAACAACAGCAAGAAGUGGAGCAGCAGCCGAGUAGCAGCAGUGUGCAGCUUGUCACACUCAACGGGUUGGCCGAUGCGCUCAAUAAGGUGAUACACAAGGAUACGUCACGGGAUAUGGAACGAGAAUCACCGGCGCUUUUGACGGGCACACAGCUCGCCAGCGGCACCUGGGUCAGCUACGUUGUGAACAAAGCCAUCGACUUUCUCUACUCGCUACUGCCCCUCUACGCGCAAAUCCUGGUCAUUGGACUCGGCGUCUUUUUGAGCGCGGUGCUCGCCGUCCUCUACAGCCACCAAAUCUGGAAAUGGUUGAAGCGGCCCGCUCCCAUCGACGGAUUGGAGAUCUACCAGAUGCUGCUGCGCCGACCCGAUGCAGCAGUUGCGGAAUGGUCGCUCACCCGGAAUGCGUCCAAUGGAAAAUGGUUAGUUGGGGGGUCCACCCUAACCCUGAUAAUCUGCCGGCGAGCCAUCUGGCGCGGCACAUUCAUUCCGGAGAAGAAGUACAACCUGCCCCUCUUUGUCACCGCCGACCCGAAACUACUCGAGUUCCUGGAUCGGCUCUUCAAGCAGGUCGAAGAUUUCCUGGCAAAGAAGCUGUUGAAGAAGGUGGUGCUCGUCAUCCAAGAUGAAGGCACGGAGGACGUGCUCGAGCGCUGGCAGUUCGACAUCCAGACUGUGGGCACCUCGACGCCGAAGAAGGAUGUGCAACGAAUCAAGAAGGAGAUGAGCGACGUCAUUAGGCAAAUCACCGCGACAGCAUCAUUUUUGCCGCUCUUGCCAAGCUGCUCAUUUAACGUCGUCCUCUCCGUCAGCGGCUGGCCGCUUAGCGGCAUCGUGAUCACCGAUCACGGCGAGCAGCCGCGUCUUCAAAUCCGCCCGUCCGAUGAAUGGUUCCCGACGAUCUCACUGAAGGGCUCGGCGACGCGGGUCCUAGAAUUCUUUAAUUACGGCAUCAACAGCAUCCUGUACCAGCGCGGCAUCUACUCGGCCGACUCGUUCAAGAGGGAGACGAAGUACAACCUGCCGCUCUACCUCGCCGCCGACCCGACACUACUCGAAGACCUUGAGCCUCUCUCCAACCCAGGGUUCAACUCGAUUCAUUCCAUCCAUGCAAAUUUACUUUUAGAGUCGCUGAGCACAGAGGGGCCCAAGAAGCUGGUGCUCGUCAUCCAAGAGGAUCGCACGAGGGACGUGCUCGAGCGCUGGCAGUUCGACAUCGAGACUGAUGACGUCGCCGAAGAGAAAGAUGUGUAUCAUGGGCUCAGCCAAAUCAUCAAGCAAAUCACGGCGUCGGUGAGCUUCCUGCCGUUGCUGGAGCAGGCGUGCUCAGUCAUCAUGUUCGACGACACGCUUGGUGCGCUCGGGGCAGAGCAAGAGGUCAAGAACGCCGAACAUUCGAUGGACUCGUCGGUGUGCAGCGACAUGACGCGCGAGGCGCUCGGCGACCUCUACAGCUUCAACCAAUACAAGAAUCAACUAUUCGCCAAUCAAUUCGAAUACGAUGCCGUCCACCUGCUCGGCGUCGUCGAGCGGUAUCAACAAAAGUGGAAGCACGCCGACCAGCUCGCCAACGAUUUGGACGACAAAUGCCGACAGCACGAGGAUGCCGCCUUCGCCAAGGACGAGAGGAUUCGGAAGCUUGAAGCGGAACUGAAGGAUGCCCGCGCGCAACUCGCUGCGCAGCUUUCGGAGAGCAACGCGCUCAAGUUGGACCUGAAGGACCUGGAGGCGAAAUUCAAGCUCGUCCAGGGCAUCGUGCGCAAACAGCUGCCCGAGCUGUCGUCGACGGAUCGGCAACAGCUCGCCUUCCUCAACGACGACCGCCAAAUCCAGCGCACACACAGCAAGCGGCUGAAGAAGAACCCGCUCACCGACCACAGCUCCGAGGACUCGCUGAAUGGCGGCCGCUCGGAGGGCAGUCUCGACUACACGCGCGGAUCCGAUGACGACGAAGAUGUCAUUGAGCACAUGCAGACUACCAGGACGACGACACGCGGCUACCGUCGAUCCGGGGCCCUGGCCGGUUCUGACGUUGAGAGGCGCCGCUCACGCUCGGCAUACACGCGGCCCGGAAAGAGGAGCCACAGCAAGUCGACGGCAGCCCUGGAGGAACGCCCGGAAGGAGAGCUGCCCAAGAAACGAUCAUUCCUCCAAGCCGCUCACCCGCCACCGGUAGCUGCUCGUGCGACGACCAGCGUCAAGCAUCGCGUCAGCCUCAACCGCAGCUACAGCGCCGACGAUCUGCUCCGGGAUGUGCCGAAUUUUAAAAAGGUGCUGACACCGACGAUGGCCUCAAGCAGCACGGACAUUCGCCGUGCCGUGGGCCCAGCCUGGACCGGAGGCCGCCCGAUCGCCGAGCGCCCGCACACCUUCGUGCCGUUCAGCGCCUACGUGCGCGUCAAGUCGUGCGACGUCUGCAACGGGGCCAUUCAUUUUGGCGGACGGGCUUCGUUCAAAUGUCAAGAUUGUCAUCAGCUGUGCCACUCGUCGUGCAAGGCUCGUCUUCCGAUCCCCUGUGUCCCGCGCACGCCGAAGACGCCGACAAGAAAUAAGGGACAAGGCAUCGUGCUGACCGACUAUUGCCCGGCCACCUCUCCAAUGAUCCCCUACCCGAUCAUCCACUGCGUCGUGGCACUCGAGCGACGGGGCUGCCUCUCCCACGAGGGUCUCUACCGUAUCCCUGCCCUCCAAGGUCUCAGCAAGCGUCUCCUCAAUGAGCUCAUCUCCACACGCGCCAUCCCCAAGAUGGACAUGCACGACCCGGAGGUGAUCGCCGACACGAUCAAGGGUUUCCUGCGCAACCUGAACGACUCGCUGAUCCCGCGCACGUCGAUCGCCGAAUUCGUGGACGCCGUACAGAAGAAGGACGACGACCUCCUCAACAAGUACAUCAAGGGGUUGCCGCAGCCGCAUCGCGACACGCUGGCCUAUCUCUGCCUCCAUUGGCAGCGCGUCGGCGCGUGCUCCGAGGUGAACAAAAUGCCCGUCGAGAACAUUGCCCGUUGCGUGGCCCCGUCGAUCAUGAAGUACAUGCCGAGCGGGGCGGAGCUGAUCGGCGCCCAGGACACGGUACGGCUACACGUCGAGGUGGUGACGGUGCUGCUGAAGAAGCCGCAAAAGGAGUGGCAGGACCUGUUGAGCCAGUCGACGGCCCCGCGCAACUUUUGCGGCACGAUGGAUUCGAGGAUCGAGAUGGCUAGGCUGACCGAGACGCCGCCGAUGGACAAGAGCAUCCUGGGGCCCGUGUCGACGCCCAUCGCCCCGCCCUCGACUACUCGUUUCCGGCCGCGUGCUCGCCUAUUCGAUUCGCCGUGU